AUGGAAAACUUACAAAGUGAAAUAAUUUCAAAAAAAAGAUUAUAUAUUAUAUUAAUAGAUACAAGCGCAUCAAGUGAAAAUCAAGAAGAGUUAAAUAAAAGUAAAGCUGCCGCUACUGAAUUUAUUAAAAAUGAACCAAAUGACUCUGAUUAUAUUGGUAUCAAUUUUUGUUGUAUUACAACCAAAAAUGAAGCUUUGGUUACAUUAGCACCAUUAUCUACAAAUAUCAGUUUCCAUGUAUAUGAAAACUCAUCCAAAUUAACCGAAUAUAUAAAAGAAAUUACAAAAAACAAGAUUGAAAUACCUGUUUUACAUAAAAUUUCAGUAGCCAAUCAAACAAUUCAAACUUCCAAAGAUGAUCUUUCAAUUUCUUUUAAAAUUUUCCUAAACUCUAAUGAACAUGCUUUCAAAGAAAAUGAAAUCGAAAUUGAAAUUUUACCAAAUGACUACUAUUACGGCCAAAAAGUUAUUGUUCCAAACAAAGUUGAUUGCAAUACUCCAUAUAUCGCACAUCUUGUUUUAAGGGUUGCAAAUAACUCAUCAAAAUACGAUUUACCUUCAAAAAUCUAUUUCAAAAUCAAGGUUAAAGAACAAGUUUUCGAUGGAUUCUUUACUCUCGAUUUAGUAUGGUUCGCAGGUGACUUUGAAACUUUUAAACCAAUCAACAUUUGGGUUGAAGGACUUAUGGGAAAUGGUAAAUCAUCUGUAUUAAAUAUGUUGCUCAAUCUAUUCACAUCGAAACCACAAAUCUACAAUUAUUUCAUCUCCUCGAAUUUCCAAAACCAUGUGACCAAAAAAAUCACAUUCAACAAAAUUGCAAACAUUUUAGAUGUUUUCAAAGCAAGAGCAAGUACAUGGUUGCCAUUAUAUGAUACAAUCAAAGAUAAAAUUAAAAUUACACUUGUCGAUAAACCAGGUAUUACAAAUACAGAUGCAAAUAUUAACUAUUUAUUAGCAUCAAAAGGUGCUUAUCAUAAUAAUACACUUAAAGAUCAAAUGGUAGCUAGUACUGAAGAGAAAAAAGAAUACGAAUGCCAUGCUGUCAUUUUUGUAGUAUCACUUGCUGAAAUUGUUGCAAAUAAAACCGAAAUGGAAUUAAUUAAAAAAAAAACUGAAGAAGUUAUAGAUAAAGUCAACAUCCAACCAAUUUUAGCAGUAACUUUUAGUGAUAAUUUCAAUGAAACUGAAUUAGAAGCCGCUAAAAGACAACUCAGUCAAUCUGGUUUAAAUGUAGCAAAAGAAAAUAUUUUCUUUGUUCACCCAUAUAUCAAUAAUGAAACAAAGAGAAACAUUGAAAAAGACAUAGAAGCAUUCAAACUUUUAACCUGUGCCGUAGAUGUUUGCAUUCAAACACAAUUCCAAAAAGAAAUGGACUCAAGUGACACCAAAAAGAGCCAUUUAGUUGGAGAAGAUAACAAGGUUCCACCUACUUUGAAUGGUGCCUCAGCAUCAAGCCCAUCAAAUGAACCUGUUACAAAGAAACCCUUCAUCAUAACUAUUACUCAUGAAGGCAAAGAUUUUAAACUCAAAAUUCCACAAAAAUACACAGUUUCAGAUCUUUAUGGCAUGGCUAAAAAGAAAUUUAGUAUAAAAGAAGAUUUCUCUUUAAAUGACGAAGAUGAAGUAGAAUUAGUUGGAGAUUUUCCUUUAGAUGAAGUAAUUUUCGAAGAAGAAUCCAGAUUCACAGUUUAUAUUAAAAAUGAUUAA